CGUCCUGUCCAAGGGCACACGCUGGCGGCAAAGGCUCUCAGCUCACCCAUCCUCCUUCAUUUUCUUCCUCUCCCUUUUUUUUUUUUUUUUUUUUUUUUUUUUUGUGGAGGGGCUCGGAGCUGCAAAGAGGGUGCGCUGGAGGAGGAGGGGGACCUUGUGAGAAGUACCCCCUUCACGUGCGCGUGCACACGUUGCUGGCGCACGCACACACAGGCGGACACACACUUACAGACAAGCACGCGCGCGCACACACACACCCGCACACACAACGCUCGCUCUCCUCGAGCACACGAACGUAGCUCACCGUUUUCUUUGUGUGGAGCCCUCGAGGGGGGUUGGGACCCCGGUCAGGUCCGGGGGAGAUGGCGCAGCCCAUCCUGGGCCAUGGGAGCCUGCAGCCUGCAUCUGCCACUGGCCUUGCCUCCCUGGAGCUUGACUCGUCGCUGGACCAGUACGUGCAGAUUCGCAUCUUCAAAAUCAUCGUGAUUGGGGACUCCAACGUGGGCAAGACCUGCCUGACCUUCCGCUUCUGUGGGGGUACCUUCCCGGACAAGACUGAAGCCACCAUCGGUGUGGACUUCAGGGAGAAGACGGUGGAAAUUGAGGGCGAGAAGAUCAAGGUUCAGGUGUGGGACACAGCAGGCCAAGAACGCUUCCGCAAAAGCAUGGUGGAGCAUUACUACCGCAAUGUGCAUGCAGUGGUCUUUGUCUAUGAUGUCACCAAGAUGACCUCCUUCACCAAUCUUAAAAUGUGGAUCCAAGAAUGCAAUGGGCAUGCAGUGCCCCCACUAGUCCCAAAAGUGCUUGUGGGCAACAAGUGUGACUUGAGGGAACAGAUCCAGGUGCCCUCCAAUUUAGCCCUGAAAUUUGCCGAUGCCCACAACAUGCUCUUGUUUGAGACCUCAGCCAAGGACCCCAAAGAGAGUCAGAACGUGGAGUCGAUUUUCAUGUGCCUGGCUUGCCGGUUGAAGGCCCAGAAAUCUCUGCUGUAUCGUGAUACUGACAGGCAGCAGGGGAAGGUGCAGAAACUGGAGUUCCCACGGGAAGCUAACAGUAAAACUCCCUGUCCUUGUUGAAACCAAAUGGUGUAAAUACAAGAUAAAUUACCCCUGGAGUUUUUUCUUUCCCUUUUUUCCGUGCCUGCAUUAUGCUGAUACCUGCUUGUUUCCAUACAAAUUGAUAUCAAAAUAAAAUUUGUAUAGAUUA